UUGGGACUAACUAACGGUUUUAGGGUUUUCGCUCUUUCACUCUUUCUCUCUCUCUUGGUGCACUCCGCAUGCUCGCCGUUGGUGUCUCUUCUUCAUUGAGGCUACCUCAUCUUCUGACUUGAUAGAAAUCUCAGCUUCGAAUAUACAACAGCACAUAUCUUCAGGGAAUCUGCUUUCCAGAGGAUUAAUUUAUAGAAGUUAUCCUCGUUGCGGUGUAAGAAAUGGCUAUGCAGCUUUUUGAUGGAAGUGAUUUGGAAAAUGAGUCAGAAAUCAAGAUAAAUGAGGAAUAUGCUCGUAGGUUUGAGCACAACAAGCGGCGAGAGGACCUCCAGCGCUUUGAGGAAUUAAAAAAGAAGGGCAUUAUUGAUUCGCCAUCACCUUCGUCCUCUGAAGGUGAUGAAGAAUCUGAGUCAGAUUCAUCUGAUAACGAUGAUGAUGACUAUGAGAAACGUUUCAAUUCUAGAAGGAGUGACAAGGAAUUCUUUGAUGCCUUAAUUAAGGUGAAGAAGCAAGAUCCUAUUCUUAAGCAAAAAGAUGUUAAGCUUUUUGUGUCUGACCAUAACAGCGAAGACGAAAGUGAUGAAAAGGAGAAAAGUAUAUCAAAAGAUAGAAAGAAUGAUAAGCCAAUGUAUCUAAAGGAUGUGAUGGCAAAGCAUUUGAUUGAGGAGGGACCAGAUUUUGGUGAUAAAGAGGAGGAAAUAAAUGAAAAGGAGAAAGGCCAAUCAGAAAUUAGUAAGGGUAAGAAGGCAUUAGCUUUGAAGGAUAAAACAGCAAAGCAUUUGAUCUUGGAUGGGCCAGAUUUUAUGAAUAAAGAUGGGAAGAAGACUUAUGGCGAUGAGCAAGAGGAGUUGAAAAGGGCUUUUCGGGAAGCAGUUGAAAGGGAAGAUUUGAAAGAUGGUGAAGGGGAAUUUUUCACUUUGAAGGAGAAGGCAGGUGAGGACAAAGCAGAAGAUAGUGGUGACAAGGAAUUUGAAGAGAAACUGGAUGAGUAUUUUGGUGGAGAUGUAGAAUUGAAUGAAAAUUCUAAAUUUCUGAAAAGCUAUUUCAUGAACAAAAUGUGGAUUGACAAGAAUGGGAAGAAUCUGAAUGUUGGAGAGGAGGAAUUGCAAGGGAUUUCAGAGGAUGAGAUGGAGAUCGAAAAACAAGAAGAAUAUGAGUAUAGGUUUCAGGAAAAUCAGGGAGAUAGGGUGUUGGGUCAUGCUCGGAAAGUGGAGGGAUCAGUGAGGAAAAAGACGAAUGCAAGGAAGGAGCAGAGAAAGAGCAAAGAGGAGAGAAUGUCAAUAGCACAGAAGGAGAGGGAGGAGGAGUUGAAACACUUAAAGAAUUUGAAGAAGCAGGAGAUACAGGAGAAGGUUAAAAAGAUAAUUAAGACUGCAGGUAUCCAUGAUGAUGAUAUUAUUCCAUUGUCUGCUGCAGAAAUAGAAGAGGAAUUUGACCCAGAGGAGUAUGAUAAAAUGAUGAAGAAGGCAUUUGAUGAUAAGUAUUAUAAUGCAGAGGAUGCUGACCCUGAUUUUUGUAGUGACAAUGAUGACAUGGAGAAGCCAGAUUUUGAAAAGGAGGAUGAACUACUUGGGCUUCCUAAAGGCUGGGAUGCAUGUGGAUCUGAUGGUGAUGGUGGGUUUUUGGCUGCAAGGGAAAAAGCGUUGAAGAAAAAGAUUGAGAAUACUAGUGAUGAUGAUGAUGAUGCUCAGGAAAGAGAAAGUGAAAACGAGGAUAAAAUUCCAGAGGAAGGUAGUGGGAAGAGGAAGAAGCGUAAAACAGCACUUUUGGAGAAAGCAAGACAGACAUUGAUGGAUGACUACUAUAAGUUAGAUUAUGAGGACACAAUUGGGGACCUGAAGACAAGAUUCAAGUAUGCCAAAACAAAGCCAAACCGAUUUGGCAUGAGUGCCUCAGAGAUAAUACUGAUGGAUGACAAGGAAUUGAAUCAAUAUGUUUCUUUGAAAAAGCUUGCUCCUUACCAGGAGGAGGAAUGGAAGCUAAGCAAACUAAAAAGAUACACGCUGAAGAUGAGGACUAAGGAGCUCCUUCGUGCAGCAAGUUUGAAUAAGAAGAAACAUAAGAAGUCAAGGGUUGAUUCUGGCAAGUUAGCUUCAUCAAAUAGUGUUGUGGAGAAUGAAAAAGCAAGCACAGAAGACUCAAAUAUUAAUGCGGACAAUCUAUCAAGGAAAGCCAGGAGAAGGCAACAAGCGGCUAAUUUGAAGUUGUCACACAUGAGGCUUAAAGCAUAUGGAAAGAUACCCUCGAAAUCUAAACAUGGAGGAAAGCAUUAGAAGUUGUCAAUGAUUUAGGCAGAAGGAACCAACUAACCGAGGAACUUAUUUUUUGAGAAGAGGUUUGGAGCUCAACAUUGCAAAAGUCAGUGUGCCGGAUGUGUUGGCCAAAGUGUUUUGUGGGGAGAAGGUUUUCUUGUCUUUCUCGUUUUCUCCGUUGAAUACAUUAGUCUAUUGAAUUCGUUGGUUAUAACCAAACUGUCAGUGAGACCAGCAAUUCAGUUUUGACCGAAAGUUGUGCUUGUCUUAGUGUUAUCAUAAUUGUGUUUAAAACUUGUAAUCUAGUCCAUUCUCAAGUUAU